AUGAUUAAAUGGACUUCCAGAGGGUCUCAGACUCUUGUGAAAGUGCGAUACAAUUCUACAGCUAGUUCUUUAAAACCCAGACCGGAUUUGCUUCUGAUCCUCCCGAAAAAAAGAACUCUCAAUCGCAUUCUAUUUGAUAACGAUGUCAGGCUAAGUUACUCCAAGACUAUACCAGUAUUGCAGCUGAUCUACAAACAUUUAGAUACACCCGAAGAGAUAAGAUUGCCUAAGUUUGUCAAGGCAAUAGAUCUCAUGAAGCUCAAGUCUGUUUUAACUGCGAUAAGAACAACCACUAACUCCAUAAAUAAAAACCUUGUGGCCUUAGAAAAUGAACUUGUAGAACAAGCAGCCGAAUUCGGUGAUAACGACGCCAUAGCUAUAUUGGCAUUUGAGACUAUUGGUAAGCGAGUCGAUGGCGAAAAGGUAAGUAAAGAGGAUUACGACUAUGCUACCAAGUUAGUCAAGAAUCUCACAGAACUCCAACAGCCCUUGGUAUUCAAAUUGGCUGGAGACUUGGCUUUCAAACAAAAGUACUAUGAGCAAGCUGCCCAAUACUGGCUCCAAUUUGUUGAUUUGGAACCAGACACCAUUCUUGCCAGUCAGGUAUACGCCAAUUUGGGCUUGUACUACUUCACAUACAUUACUCCUAGACCAGAUCUACAUCUAGCUAAGAAAUACUUUGAAAAGAGUAUUGCUGUCGGAGAACUAGACAAAUUUACUAUUCAGUCACACUACUAUUUGGGCCAGUUAUAUACCACUAUAGAUCCCCAAGUGUCAAAGUAUCAUUGGCAGAUCAGUGCUGGAAGAGGCUUGAAGGAAAGUUUUGCGUCGCUUGGAUUUCUUGAGAUGAAUGUGUUUCAGAACUACGACAAAGCUAUAGAGUGGUUUCGGCUAGGAGUCGAAGCUGCUAAUGAUGUAAGCUGUAGCAUUGGCCAGUUCGACGCGUACUUGAAAUUGCUGGACUAUAAGCUGGCGUAUGAGGUCUUAUCAAAUUUGAAUUCUAUUCUGACCCAGAUUCAAAAGCUCAAAUCCAAUUCUUCUCAGAUGUCGCGUAUACCACCAGAAAUGGCGGAAGCAAUGAAAGUCAAUGAAUCUUUGUUGGAAGUGUUCUAUAGAACCAGAAGCUCGGAUAUCAGUCUGUUGCCUUCGAAGUUAUGAAUUGUAUAUAUAUAAUGAAUUGCAAACAAUG